UCCUUUUUUUAUGACGUCAUCUGUUUUCUCACCAUGUGCCCGCAGUGAAAUUUAUCGACAUUUGGAACUAAACGAUGGGGAAAAAAAAGGCCCGAUCAAAUAGCCGUGAAUCGGCACCUGUGGGGAAUACUUUGCCAUUUGGACAAGCUGGAACUGUUGCAGUUGGAUCGAAAGAAAAAAGUAAAUGUGAUGUGGAACAACUUCUGUCUCAGGCUGAAAAAUGCAUUGACCAGUUCCAGUUUGAGCUUGCUCACAAAUUCUGUUUACGAGCUAUAGAAAGAGAGCCAGAUAAUCUAAAAGCACUUGAAACAGCAGGCCAUGUCUUAAUGGAAUUGAAGCAACAUGACGCAGGCAAACAGUUUUUCCUUAAAGCUGUUGAGUUUCAACCCGAUCUUGGUCAUGCAAAGUACAUGUAUCUUGGACAGACAGAGCAAGGAGAGUCUUCUGUCCGGUAUUUCCUCAAAGGAAUUGAAGUUAUGCUUAAAGAAAAAGAAUUAAAUAAUGAGCUUUCUAAGGCAGCUGAGGGUUCUACAACACCUGCUGAAGUAGAAUAUUAUGCAUCAGAACGAGACAUCUCAUCAGCUUAUUGUGCCAUUGCAGAGAUUUACAUGACAGACUUAUGUCUGGAAGAAGGUGCAGCUGACAAAUGCCAAGAAAAUGUAGAGAAAGCUGUUGCUGCUGACCCUCAAAAUCCUGAAGCCUACCAAUUAAAAGCCCAAUUUCUAAUGAAUAUUGAAAAGAUUGAAGAAGCCAAAGAAAUGAUUGAAAAAAGUGUAUCUUUAUGGCUACCUCAGCUUCAAGAAAAUGAUGAUGACAUACCUGAGAAUAUGCCAGGAGUGAGCUAUGACACCAGAAUUGUUACUUCAAAAAUACUUAUUGAACUUGAACUUUACGAGACUGCCAAUGAAGUUCUGUUCACUUUAUUAGAUGAGACAGAUGAAGAUCCACAUGUUUGGUACUUGAUGGGAUAUGCUGCUUUAUUGGAGAGUUCAAAACGUAAAGGAGAUGAAGCAGAGGAUUGUCUUACUAAUGCUAGAGAAUAUUUGCAGAGUGCUCUUAAGACAUACCACAAAGUUGAAUUUGAUGAUGCUGAAAUGCUAAAACACAUUCAAGAAAUGAUUGAAAAAGUUGGACCGGGUGAAGAUGAAGAAGCUGCUCCUGAGGCAGCUGGAAAUGUGAGUGAAGUAGAUUUUGAAACUGAUGGUGAGAAUGAACAAACAUCUGACAAAACAGAGAAUACAGAAGCUGCAAAACCAAUGGAGCAGGAUGAUUGAAUUUUGGACAGUUGUUGACUUUGUAAAUAAAUUUCAUUGGGGGUGGAAAAACAUCGUUGUUCAUUAAGUUUCUUGUUAAACUAAAUUAAAUCAAUUAUUUAUAAAUUAACACAUUUAUUGAAUCUUCAUUUAUUCAUGGAUUGAUGUUGGCAGGUAGAGGAAAAACACAAGUUUCAGUAUCUUCUUAUUCUUGUAUGAUAUUUGCUGUUCUUUUGGAAAGGAAUUAUUUCCUUAUUCACAGAAAAUACUGUACUUUACCUUGUCAACAGAAUUUAGUUAGAUAAACAAGAAGAAAAAAAACUGUCUUUUUUCCUUGUUUUGAAACAAAAUUUUUUUUUUGUGAUAAAAUUAUGUGUAUGCUUAUAGACAUGUAUCCACAUACAUUUGCCGUUGAAGAGAAAAAUUUAAUGGAACCUACUGUUCUAAAGUCUAAAAUUCAGUGGGUUUAUAUUGUAGUUUUUAGUAGUUUAAAGAAAGGUGGCCAUUAUAGUUCUGUUUAUGAGACAGACAACUGUUAAUGUAUUUUGGCUGCCUUUUCUUCAAUUGGCUUGGUGAAAUCCUCUUGAUGAUUGUAAGACAGCAAAUCCAGGCUCCUAAUGUCUUCCAUUUUCUCUGAAUAAAUUUUAAAUGAAACAUCCUGGUUGGCUGCCAAUCUGGCCUGUUUUGGUGCUGGGUCUCGCUUUCUCUGGGCCAAGUCAUUUCAACUAUAAACACUUUCAUAAAGAAUCUCAUUAAAAAAAAAGUUUAAAGAUUUUAUUCAUUUACUUUUGUUGCCAUCUUCAAUAUUAUAUGAAAAGAAAGUCUUUACCAGAUGUUGCAUUUGUUGUUAUAGCUCUUUUGUUUUCUUGGAAGACUACAAAAUUGCUGUGAAAGCUUUUGAAAAGCUAAAUUCCUUUUGUUAUAUAUAUUUUUGUUAAAUUAUAAACCUUUAAGUGUGUCUAAUUUAGAUUUGCAAUAUGUUAGUAAGUUUCUAGAACCAUAUUCCUUGGCUUCAAUGCUUAUUUAAAUAUUAAUCCAUCUUCAUAAUCUUGACCAUUUGUUUAUGGUUAAUUCCAGUGUCAUAUUUAAUAGUCCUCUUCAAAAAAAAAAAAAUUCUGAUUGAUGAGUCCUAGAAUUAAUAAGAUGCUUUUCUAUUCUAACCACCAAAGAAUAUCUAAAAACUGUCUAUUUCAUUAUUUCUCUUCAUCACACCAUAUUGUUAUUUGAGACACAGCAAACUUAAUAACUAACUGUACUGUAUGAACUAUUUGAAUAAAAUGCUGUACAACUUG